AGAAGCAAGCUCAUGGGGAGCGGUAGGGUUCAGUUGAAGAGGAUCGAGAUUAAAAUCAACAGGCAAGUUACUUUCUCCAAGAGGAGAACUGGGUUGUCGAAGAAAGCUCACGAGAUCUCCAUUUUGUGCGAUGCUGAGGUCGCUCUGAUCGUCUUCUCCCAAAAGGGAAGGUCUUUGAAUACGCCGGUGAUUCCAGGUAUGAGCUGGUACAAACGAGUACAAGCGGGUGUGAAGCUGAAUUUGAUAAUAUACCUAAGUGAGAGAGUGUAGAUUUAAAAAAUUUAAACAUAGU